AUGGCUCACCUGAGGACGACGUCAUAUCCUUAUGCUGGCUCCCGGCCUCCAUAUCAUAAAAACAUACAGCCUUCUCAGUUCCUGUCUAUGGGCCAAAAUGGUUGGCAAAUAUCAAAACCCCAGUACGUGCAUUACCAGGAGAGUCCACUUCAAGAAAAGGAAAGAAAAAUGCUCGCUCUUUAUGACCGACAGCAACAGGCAGCACUGUCCAGAGUAAGAAACACCUUCGGUCACCAGAAUCUUUCACCAGAUUACAAAAUGGUGAACAACCAACAAACAGGUGUGCUGCACAGGGGCUACAGCUCUGCUGGGUCUCAGUUUAGGUAUAAUCACGCUGAGCAUAUAAAGUAUUCACCAACACCUAUUUCAACUUCCAAGAAGACAGCUGGAGUGGAUCGAGCCUAUCCGUUAAAGCCUGUUUACUACAAAAAAGCUGCCUGCCUAAACCACACGUUUAAUCAAAAAGGAGGAAAAUUUGGGGAGGCCGCCAGGAAAUCCUCAUUUAUGCCAUCUGCAUCUGCAGAGUCCUCUGAAAGUUCCAAUAUGAGUGCUGCAAGGAGCCAUUUGGCAGUUUGCAAUCAAGAUGAUCAGAGUCCUGCUGCUUCUCAAUAUGGUGCUUACCGAGGUGGGCCUACUAAGUCAGAGAUGGUAAGGGAACAGCAAAGGUAUGCAGAAGAAAUGGAGCAAGUCCUAGAAGAGAAGAUUCAAAGGGAUAAAGCCCUCCUCUAUGAAAAGCUGUGGAGGUCACAAAACAAUGUCAGAAGGAAUCAGAGAGAAGAACAAGAAAGGAAAGAAAUAAAAGAAAGGACUCAACGGAAACGAUGCCAAGCACGAUACUUUGAUGAUAGCCUGCUGGAAGAGUCAAAACCGGAGUGGAGAUAUGAAUAUCAGGGGUCGUUCAAGAGCCAUGGAGGAGGAGGAGGAGGAGUAGGAGAUCAGUAUAGACAAGGAAGUAACAUUCGAAAAAUCCAUGAGCAGCACUGGAGGGAAACAAACCCUGAAUAUGUUUCUUCAGAAGUGGACUACAAUAAAUAUUUAACCACAUAUAACGAAAUUGCAGAAAAAAUGCAAAACGCAUCCUGUGGCAAAAAGUCAAAUGAAUUGAACAAGCCUCUUCUUAAUUAUAGCCCUUAUGUUAUUCACCAAAAGCAAGACUCACAAGCAGCAGACUUGGCCAUGACUGAGAAUGCAAGGUACGUUAAGGGUGACCAGGCAUACGACUAUGAAUCCAAGAGCAGCUAUGUAGAGUAUGAAAAGGCAGCAGAUGCGGCAAAGGAGAUGGAAGGGGAAUUAGUGUCUGGAGAUCGUCAGCGGGUGGCAUGUCCCUACUGCAACCGGAAGUUUGAUGCUCAUCGAGUGGAGAAGCACGAAAAUGUUUGUGUGAAGUUGUUUAACACCAAAAGGAAAUUGUUUGAUUCUUUUAAGUACAGAAUUCAAGGGACAGAUAUUGAAAAAUUCAACAAACAACAGAAGACAUUUCCUACAGUACCACAGCCGGAAAAGCACUGGAGGCAGAAGCAUGAAAACUUGGUGAAUACUCUUCGGGAAUCUCGAAAAACACAGAAGCUUCUCCUGAAAGAUGGAAAAUCUUCUAAAGCACCUCAGGUCCCAUCUAAAGAUAACCCAGAGAGUAGCCGGAAAUAUUCAUCUUUUGCAGCGGAACGGCACAUUCCAAAAAGUGAGAGUGUCAAAAGUCGUCCUCCUCCCCCUCCAAAGAAGAAAAACAUAAAAAGGAAUUAA